ACUAAAAUAACUGAAUCAAACUAUAAAACCUGCACUCGGACCACAAAGUACAGUACAUGGCUACUGCCAUUAAUCCUUUACUUCCACUUUCUCCUUCGCUCAAACAGAACAUAUCCUCUUCAACCCCAUGGAUUUCAUGCAAACCCAUCUCAGGUUUGACGCCUACUUUGGCUAAUUCCCACUUCACUCGACAAAGAGGACAGUUUGCCGCUUCAGUUUCAUUCAAUCCUUCUGGAAAUUUUGACCUCUCCUUGUAUGGUGAUGAUGAUGAUUCACCCCAAGUAGAGCCUCCAAUGCCACCAAAUGAAGGUCGAUUUGAUGUAAUUAUUGAUAAUGAUGAUAUACGCCAGCUUGAUUUAUCCCCAUUUCAGAAUGCUACUGGAAUUACUUCACCUUCAUCAGCUGAGCCAAAAGAGUUUCUUGAAAGGACAGUUGGAUUUACAAUUAAUUAUACAAGAGAUGAUCCAAAUGAUCCACGAGAACUGUCAGAAUUUCCUGAUAUAAGGUUAUGGUUUGUAAGACUUGAUGCUACCUAUCCUUGGCUCCCUGUCUUGUUGGACUGGCGAGCUGGGGAAUUAGCUCGUUAUGCAGCCAUGUUAGUCCCCCACCAGAUGAGUAUGAGAAUGGGAGUUGUGUUUAAUCCAGAGGCCCUGGAAUUGUUCAUCAUGAAGAAGGUCUUCAUUGUAUACUCUUGGUUGAAACAGCAUGGCACUCCAAAGCCUAGACUGAAGACGAGUGACAUGGCUAGGAUGCUCGGAUUUGGCAUUGGAGACGAACUUUUUGACUUGAUUGAACAACACUCACUUGAUUCAUCAUAAAACAAACCAGAAACAAGUCCAUGAUUUCCAGCUGGCUGUUCCAACAUAGUAUCUACGAUUUCAGAUCAAGCCUUGGAUUCGGAUAUAUCUUUCAAAUUCCCCCAUUUGAAAGUUUAUAAAUCAAGCCAAACUGACAAGGGU